UGCAACUGCCAUUUUGUUUUUCAGUUGAAGAUCCAUUGCAGCUAUGGUUGUUCUUGUGAAAAUGGCAUUAUUCGACGUUUAGAUAUUGCCUUAUAGUGUGUUUUUUCCCUUAAAUUUAAAGACGGUCUUGUUGAGAAGUAGUGGAUGGUAGUGUAAAAUACCAACUUUCCUUGUAUAUUGUAAUUUAAUUGUUCUUGUUUACGUUAGGGUCCUCUGGCCGACAGAGUUCUAUUAGAUUGGUACUGUAGCUAGCUAGUUAUCUCGGUGGCAAAAUGGCGGCGAAUACGACCCAGACAGCUCCAGCUGCUAACUGGUCGUAUGACGCAGCAGCAGGUCCAGAGGGCCAGACAGUCUCGGAAAACCCAGAGUGGGAGAAGGCCAGACAGGCACUGGCCUCCAUUAGCAAGACCCAGAGCGCCACCAAGACCGCUCAGGCCGACCGGACCACAGCACAGGCUGGUCAGUUUCAGCCUGGAGUAACUGAGUCAACAGCCAUACAGCAGCAGCAACAGCAGCAGUACUACCAACAGUGGUACCAACAGAACCAGCAGCAGCCGUAUCCUGGGUACACCUACCCCUACAAUUACUACUACCCCAUGGCUCCGGGCCCCUAUGGUGGUGGUGGCUAUCCUCCUCAGGGCCAGUAUGGUGUACCUCCAGGACCUUACCCUUCUCCCACCACUCCAACUGGACAGCCUCCAUCCCUGCCUGUGAUGGAGGACCAGUCCUCCAGCUACCCCUCUCAGCCCCAACCCCCUCCUCCUGCUGCACCUCAACCACCCCCCCAGAGCCCCACCAGCUCUGAGCAGCCCCCACCCCCCCCUCCCCCAGCCAUCCCUCCCCCUCCCAACUCCCAGUACCCCCUUCCUCCAGGGCAGAACUCCUACAACCCCAUGCCCUACCCCAACAACGAUCCCAAUCAGAUGAGAGGUUACAACCACAACCAGGGCAGGCCCAGCUAUGGACAGAGCUACCAGACUCCGAACUCAUACCAGCAGCAGCAGAAUAACAACCAACACCAGCAACAAGGACAGGGUCAGUAUGGACCAGGAGCUGGGAGAGGAGAGGCCAACAAAAACAAGAACCAUCAACAACAACUGCCACAGCAACAGCAGCUCUGGCACCGCAUGAAACAGGCACCUGGAGCAGGUACGAUGAAGUUCAACAUUCCCAAGCGACCCUAUGUCAUGACCAAUCAGAGUUUCCCUCCUGGGGAACAACCCACUGGAUUGGCUGCUACUCCUUCCUCCCCAGCUGCUGCUCCUGCUGCACCUGGCGGUGCCCAGACACGGCCCCAGGACUGGCCCCAGGCGAUGAAGGAGUAUGUUCAGCGCUGCUUCACAGCCUGUGAGAAUGAGGAGGACAAGGACCGCACCGAAAAGGGGCUGAAGGAGGUCCUACAGAAAAGACUACAGGAUGGGUCUGCCUACACCAUCGACUGGGACCGGGAGCCUCUGCCUGAACUGAAGGCCAAGCAGUCUCGCUGGGAGGCUGUACCCACCCAGAGGACUCUGGAGAGUUCUGUGGGUCGUGGUGGGGCUACGCGUGGCAGGGGUGGCGGGGCCAGGCUGGGGCACUACAGGAACGUCUUCUCCCAGAGAAGCCCCUCAUCCAGCUCCUCAGGCUCCUCCUCUCGCUCCCCCUCUCCCUCCCACAGCCGACACAGGGACCGCAAUGGCCAGAGACAUAGACGCAGUGACUCUGAGUCCCAGUCGGACAGCAGCAUGUCCAGUGACCUCCGAACCCAGCUUCCCCGGCGCAACCAGAAAGGAGGGCGUGGCCGUGGGGGCGACAGGGACCGAGGCAGAGGGGGUGGAGAGAGGGGACGAGGAAGGGGCGGAAGAGGCAACAGAGGACGGAGAAACAUGGAUGACGCUAACUCCACCGUCCUGGGCAAGAAGAGGAAAGGUGGGAACGCCGGCCUGGACUUCCACGACCCCCACCGAGAGGCCAAGAAACAAAGCCGAGCGGCACGCUUCCACAACACCAAGAUGCGUUCAGAGCCCCUGGUGCUGUCCAUCAACAACCUGGAGCUGCCCAAGGAGGACCUGAGCUGGGACGACUGCCCCAUCGUGGGCACCUGCCAAGAGAUCACCAAGAUCUACCUGAGACUCACCUGUGCCCCCGACCCUGCCACCGUGCGUCCCGUAUCUGUGCUGAGGAAGUCUCUGUUGGCUGUGAAGGCCCACUGGAAGACCCGUCAGGACUACCCCUACGCCUGUGAACAGAUGAAGUCCAUACGACAGGACCUCACGGUUCAAGGAGUUCGUACAGAGUUCACAGUGGAAGUAUACGAGUGCCAUGCACGCAUCGCUCUGGAAAAGGGCGACCACGCAGAGUUCAACCAGUGCCAGAUGCAGCUGAAGGCCCUGUAUAAGGACAACCCAUCAGAGAACAUAGGGGAGUUCACUGCUUACAGACUACUCUACUAUAUCUUCACUAAAAACUCUGGAGACAUCACGACUGAGCUGGUGUACCUGACUGCGGCGCUGCGGGCGGAUGAGUGUGUGUCUCACGCACUCUCCCUCCGCGCCGCCUGGGCUCUGGGAAACUUCCACCGGUUUUUCCAGCUCUACCGGAGAGCCCCACGCAUGGCAUCCUACCUCAUAGACAAGUUUGUAGAGAGGGAGAGGAUGAUCGCUCUCAGGGCCUUAUUCAAAACAUUCAGACCAGACUUGCCGGUGGAGUAUGUGCAGUCCAGUCUGGGCUUCCUUUGUUUAGACUCUUGCAUGGCCUUCCUCACAGGCCUGGGGGUCACCUUCUUCCCCUCUGACCCCAGCAAGAUAGACUGCAAGACCAGCUCAGCCAGUCUGGCAGCCUCCUGAGGGGGUGGGGGGUUUACCGGGGAGGGGGGAAAGCACACUAAAGGGAGAUACUGAGAGAUAGACAGGGUCAGGAAUGUACCCUACAGUUCUUCUGCACUACACUUCAGGAGGGAGACUAGUGGUUAGACUGAAACUACAAUUUAGUCCUGUAGAAAGAGGGAGAUAUGCACUAGGACCCACUAAAUCACUUAAGGCUGAAAUUCAGUGAGGAUCCCACCCGCAGAUGCAAUGUGCUCACAGAUAUGGACUGAAUAACAAGAGUGGGGCAGAUUAUCUGCAUACAUGCUGCACAUCAAAUACAUUUAGAUUAGCUUAGCCCCACACAUCUCGGAUCAGCUCAAGAUAUUAAUUAUACCUUCGACUUAGAACAUUUUAAUGACGAACAGAUGAUGUUAGGCAUUAGUUCAAUUUAAGACCCGAAGAUCAAGCACCAACUCACACAGAUCAGAGAAGAGUGUAGCCUCAAGGUCUCCCAUCCACUAUCGCUCUCAGAAGUUUUAAGCUAACAGUGUUCUGUUAUGUUUUUCCUUCCCUCAAGUCAACAGCCUCAAACUCAUGUGAAGACGAGCCUUGAGAACCCAAGGGAGGGAGAUGAAAACGAAAUGAGCUAAAGUUAUCCCUCAAGCCCUCAUCCAACAGGCUGCUCAUCCACUCCAAAACCAAACCGUCAACCAGAGAAGAGGUUUGUCUGUUCAGGUGUUCAGCUCUAGAGACUGUGCUAGCCCUUUGCUGCCUUCAGGAAGCCUUCGUGAUCCAGCGUCCAAUCCGGGAGAGGAGGAGAUGGUGGUUUGUAUGUCCUGUCCCCCCUUCCCUCAAGCUGUCUACGAUUGGCGAUCUGGUGGGGAAAGUUACCCCCACUUCCUGUUCCUGCCUAGCCCUGCACACUUGUCACCCCUGAAAGGUAUUGACUGAGAAAUCUGAAGGUUCUGAUUGGCUCCUUGCCCAGGUUGGCCACAUCCAUCCUUACCCCACAGUUGUCUGCUACCCACAGUCCCCUGCUUCAACAGUCGUCACCCAGAGUUCACCAAAGUUUGACCACAAAGUUUACAUCCCAGUUAUAUCUGCUCUCUAAUAUAGUAGAGCUCCAAGCCUGGUGUCUAGUCCUUUCUGGUAGGCAUUGACUUAUAAAGUGUGAUGGUGGAUACAGUCCCCUAAUAUUUACCAAGAAUGGCCUCUGCAAUCCCUCGGUAUGUGUCCAGGAGGCAGGAUAUCCACCUAUAGUCCAUCUAUCCCCUGAGAGCAGAUAAGGAGGCAGUCUCCCACCCCUUAAGAGUACCAAAUAACCAAGUUGAGGCUCUGAGCGAGCCUGUGGUGUUUCCUGAGUUAGCCGAUCAACAGCCCCCUCAGCAGCAUGGAAUAGCAGUCGUCAAGCACUCCCACCACACAGGAAGAAGUCAGCUCCAUCAAGAUGGUGGCAAAGUCUUCACCUUCAAAUAUGGUGGCUGGUUCAGUCCCGCCACGCAACAGAUGGAGAUGAGAUCGCUGUCUGUGCAGAUGGCAGCAACGUCUGGGUUUGUAUGCUCCACACUCCGUUCAGUAAGGCUGAGUAUGUAUGUAUGUAUGUAUGUAUGUAUGGCUGGUAAGAAAAAGGACUCUUGGUGUGCUGGAAGGAGGUGGAGGACAGCACAGCAAAGAUCACCUGGUAUUCACUAUUGGCUCAUUCACAAACACUAACCAUUGGUUUGGGUUAAGGUGUAUGAUAUCAAGUCUGUGGUAAUUGCUUAAAUUCCAUCCACGUGAUGAUAGUGUGUCUGAAAUUGUGAUAUAAAAUGAAGGGUGCCAGUAUUAACCCUUGGAGAACACCCCUCAUUUGCAAGACAUUGAUGAAGCCAAACUGUCAAAUUAUGCAGGUGCAGAUGCCUUUUAAACCUGAAUUUGUGUAACUGUCUCCUCAAUUGAAAAUUCACAUUCUGCCACAAAACAUUAAUUUAGGACAUUAAUGUUGGCGGCUAAAGCAUAAGACUCUGCUUAUCAAACGUUUGUCUGUAAUCAAAUAAUCUGCUUAUAUAUUUAAAGCUAAGAAAUCACCAUGUGAUAUUAUUAAAACCCCAUUGCAGACAUUUUGGUUUUCAGUAAAGGUGAGAGUGAAGGAUUGUAGAGUAGUUAUUUUGGGGUCCUAUCCAGCAGUUAUACAUUAGGCUACAUCCCUGUGUAUACUCUUGAUAAGAUCUGAUGCGAGAAGAUUAGUGUGGAGAGUUAAUUGUAAAUCAACAUAAUUGUCAAUACAUAAAUAGAACCUAGAAAUGGGAACAUGAGUUGGUGAUAUCAGUUGAUCUAAUAUCAGCAUAUAUACCCCUUGUUUUCAGGCAUGACCUUGAAGGGUAUUAACUUGAUUCACAUCAAAGCUCUGGGUAUUUUAGUGAGUUAAGUUCCAUUGCAGAGAUAUCAAAUGUAUUUGUCACAUGCACUGAAUACAACCGGUUCAGACUGAAAUGCUUACCUACGAGCCCUUUCCCAACAAUGCAGAGUUACAAAGGAAGAAAAAUGAUAUAAAUACAAAAAGGAUUUGGUAACACAAUAAAAUAACUAACGAGGCUAUACACAAGAUAGGACUCAACUUUCAGGAUGAACAGAAGUCUGUGCUGUAACAAAUGUCCUGUGUGAUCAUCUAUAGAGUCGAUGUGUCAGUAUCUAAUGUACAUGGUUAUGGAUUCAGUUGGCCUUUUUUCUUCUCAGUAACUGUAUUCGUUGGUCAUUUUGACAUGUUUUAUGUUUACCAGGGCAAGUGUAAUUUUGACAAACAUAUGGUGAAUGAGAAGCUGAAGCAUUUUAGAUAUGGGUAAUAAACAAUUAAUUAUUUAAGACAAUUGAUGUGAAUAUGUAAAUUGUAAUUACAAAUCUAAGAAGUUGGAUGAUUUGGAAUACAUUUCCUGUUUUUGAUAUUGCCGUGGAUUUAAAUGGGGAAUUGAUAGUAACUGCUUUUUGUAGUGCAAACACUUGCGUGAUUUCUACCCUAUAUUUUUGACUGCUUAUUCAAGUGUGCAGGACAGAAGGUGUAUAUUUUGGGCUUUUACAGGGAUUGAAAAUGGGAUAUUUGCUGUAUAAACCAAAUAUUUUUCUUGACAGAUAUGCACACAUGGUUGACCACUUUCAUUUCUUACUCAUUUUUUAAAUGCUCAUCUUCUGUAAACCCAUUUUUCUUUUUAGAUUUUAUUUAAUGCAUUUCUGUCAUCUCAACCUUUCUGGCUCUCUGUACUCAUGAACCCCUUAGAUCAGUGGUAUUCAAAGACAGCAUCUCAACCUUUCUGGCUCUCUAUACUCAUGAACCCCUUAGAGCAGUGGUAUUCAAAGUCAGCAUCUCAACCCAUGAGGGAACUGCAGUGGGGUCGCUAAAAUGCGAAAACAUUCAUUCGUCAUUGUAUGGGACAAUAUAGAAACGUUUUUGAGAAAGAUCAUUUGAAAAAUCUAUUUUUGAGUAAAUGUAUUUAUUGGUUUAUUUUCAUUUCGAUGAGAUUAACAUGAAUUGAAGGUCAGUAGCUUUGGAAAUUCUUCAGGCCACAAUUUUUUCCCCCCCAGGAAUUCUGGGGGAAAAAUUGGUUUCCCCACUGAAAAAGUUUGAAUAUCACUGCAUUAGAGAUAAGUAAUGUACUAAAACCACUACACAACAUCCUGAUGGCAAGAGAAAGGUUUGGUUGAAGGCACUGCACUCCAAUCAGCCAAGAAACAAACUGUUACUGUUUGUGUUGCUCAAGUCUCCCGUUUGUCAAUUUCUUUGGAAGUAGUUUGUCAAAGAGCAAACCCGGACCUGUUUCAGAUUAAGUGGUUUGGCUGGUGUGAGUCAGUGCUUUGAUAUGGGAACAUAUCAAUAUGGUACCGUCAUUAUGUUGUUAAUAUUCUUAAUGAUUGGAUUGAGAGCCUGUGAGAGAGAGAUGUCAUAUAUAUAUAUAUAUAUAUGACAUGACUGCAGGAUCAGUUUCAAUAUGAAUGUCUGGAUGAGUGAUCAGUCUUCUCAGCAUCCCUUCUACCCAUUUAUAGAUCCCUUUGUGUCAUUUGACUGGCACUAUUUUGUGUGAUAUGUGCUCUUGUUUUGGUCACUUCUGUCAUUAAUCAGAAGUUGUACUCAUGACUCAACUUGUCCCUUCUCUCUUCAUCUUCCUAUCCUCUGUCCAACUUUACUUUUCCCCACUCCCUUCACCAGUUCCUUUCUCUUAUUUUUCUUCUUGCAGUACUGCAUUACAGGAGCAAAAGGAAUGUGAAAAGAGAGCACCUCCUCCCAGCCUCCAGAAGCAAGCUGGAGAGAGGGAAAAGUGUGAGAAAUGCAAGACUUGAUACUGCCAACUCAAGUUCAAGCCAUUUUGUCAAUAUGACCUGAUGUUGCUGUGUCUUAUCCAUGGGAGCCUGACUUCAAUUGUUUUAGUCAAGUCUUUUGAAUGUGUUUUAUUUGACUAUUCUUAACUUGAAUCAAGAAAACAUUCGAUGUCAGAUUUUUUUCCACUCAAUCUAUAGUUAGUAAGGUUUGCCAGAAAUCUAUGUCUAUAGUUAUGAUGGUUUAGAGGUAUUGGCCUUCCUAUGUGUUAAUGUAUACUGUUUGUCCAGAAACAUUUGCAUGCAUUCUUGUUUUUCAUAACCAUGGUGUUCUCUAGAAAUUGAUUUGUCAUUAUGUCAACAUCUCAAGUACAGAUCAAUAUUUGGAAAGGCAACCUUUUUUGGUCAGUUAAUAUUUGGAAUCUCUGUAACCUCAAUGCAUUUUGUCAGAUGCCUCGUGGUCUACCUGUAAAUUAAUUUGCCUGCAUUUGGUAUUUAUCGUAAUACAUUGGGAGUUAUUUUAACUUGGAAACACAUUAAUAAGUAUCUCUAGCAUUUUUGGGAUUUAAAAUGGAUCUGGACAUACAGCAUACAAUUCAUUCUAGAUAUAAAACAAAUCUUAUCUACUUAUAUUUGGCCACAUUCCUGUCAGUUUUGAUUAGUCCGGUGGUAGUUGGCUCCCAUAUCAGAAUGUUGCUCUCUCUUGCUCUGUACCUUUCCUAAACAGGAUGCUUCUCUGUCUUGUCUCUGUUGAUUUCAGACACCUCUUCAACAGUGAAGUCAAGUUCAUGUAGCGUGCUAUCUCCUGGUCAGAUAUUUAACAUUGCAGAACCUCUCAUAUCUCACAUUGAUGCUUUAGUUCUGAUACAUUCAUAUUUUUUGUUCAAUGACAGUUUAUAACUGUACAUUUCCAUUUAACUAACAAUGCUUCUCCUUUUUAAAAUGUGCUCCUCCUCUUACUCUCUCAACUGUUCCUUCUGACACCUGUGGGUUUGUUUUUUUCCUCUUGAACUUCUUGAAGCCCAUCACUGUAACUCCUGCCUCCAUUUGUCCUAUUAGACUGCACUUGAACUAUUCCCUUUUCUUACUUCAGCCUGAUGCAUCGGUUCAUUUUUAAUUCUUCACUGUCUUUAGUGGAUUUGUUCUGUUGCUCCUUCUCUCCUCACUCUUCUUACCUGCAUGUGUCCCCUCCCUCUUCCCUUCUAUCAGAAUAUCUCCUUUCUCCACCCUCUUCAUGUUGAGUAUCUGUUUGCUAGUGACUUGUUGCUGUGUAACUAUCCAUUCUCGGUAGUAAGUAUUGCUUCUACGCUGCUCAGGUGGUUUCUGUUGCAGCUAGCUGAAACUAAAGGAUAUACUUGCAAAAUAUCCCUCCCCAGUCUCAACCCUCCCUGGAUUGUAUUUGAAAUGAAAUACUCCCAUUUUGUAAAUACUGUGUACAUAUGUAUUUUUUUCUUGAACCUAAUAAAAUAAGUUUAGAAAUAA